AAUUAAAUAGAAAUAAUUCGUGUUACAUAGAGUCAAUCAUUGGUUUCUUCGGAAAUCAUCUAACAGUGAUGGACUUCCAAAAAAUAUGCCGCUUGUGCUGUGAGGAAAGGUCAGAAAUGCAGUCGCUUUUUGCUGAGCCUGAUCGGCAUCUUUGGAUAGACGUUUUUUCCCGGAUUCUUUGCAUACAGCUUGAACAAAAUGAUGGUUUACCGCAAAACAUUUGCGCAAACUGUAUGAUGGUAAUGGAAAACAUUCAGGACACCAUCGAACAGUUUCGGUCGAAUGACAAACUUCUGCGGGAAAAAUUACGUUUGGCCUUUGUACCCGCUGUAAAAGUUGAAGCAAUUGAUACAGUUGAUGAUGCGUCCGGUGAUAUUUUCCAAAUAGAAUUAGAUACUGAGACAAUUAAAGAUGAGCCCGAUUCAUCGCAGAACGAAGACAAAUCUGAUGCAGAAGCAUCGAGCAGCGCCACCGCCAGUGCCUCGGAGGCAGAAUGUAAGCUAACAGAUUCCUGUGAGUCACAGGAGAGUCAACCCGUAAAGAAGAAGGGAAAACACCGGUUGAAGAAAGAGAAGAGACAAGAGAAUCAACCUGUAAAACAGCCAAGAAUGUACUGGGCGGAAGAACCCAUCUGGGUGUACGGCAGUGACGGCCGCAGGCGGCCCAGACGUGAUCCAAAUCUUCCCCGAGUUAACGACUACAAGUGCUACAUUUGUAAGAGCGAAUCGCUUGGCUCCAAUGCGGCACUACACAAUCAUUUAUUUAUCCACACUGAUCAACUGCCGUACACAUGCCAGAUUUGCGAGAAGGAGGUCGUCGUUAUCGAAAAUAUUUCUACCCUUAACAUUCAUAAGCGCAUGCACGAGUUACCGGUCAAAUGUGACCAGUGUGACCGGCGCUAUUCCACGAAAUACACCUACGCCCAGCAUGUGCAGCGGGAUCAUUCGGGUGGAAACGUUCCUUCCCAGUGCGGGAUCUGUAACAAAGUGUGCCCUUCAAAGGGGUCGCUGCAAUAUCACAUGUUGACGCACACCAAAGCCGUCAGCUGCGAGUACUGCGGCAAGAUGAUGAGCCAGAAGCACAAACUUGAACUGCACAUAAGGCGAAAGCACCAAACCGAGUCGACGAAAGUUGAAUGUGACAUUUGUCACAAGUUCCUCAAGAGCGUGGAUUCUCUGAGGACGCACACCAAAAUCUAUCACUUGAAUCAAGAGUUCAAAUGUAAAAUAUGCGAUAAAAGUUACGCUGCGGAGACCUCGCUCCGGUAUCACGAAAAGAAGCAUAAGGAAAAUCCGAACUACAAGUCGAGUAAAGACUGGAAAAAGUACUACACUUUUGUCGAAGCUGAUUCUGGUCAGAAUAGCAGUGGGCGACUGAAACAAUGCAACAUAUGCCACGAGGUGGUUAAAUCCAUUGGCGUGCAUCUGAAAAACAUGCACUUCAGCGAUCCGUUUUGCUGCAAACUUUGCGAUGCCGCCUUCAAGCGGAAGGAAUUCUACGACAUGCACAUGCUAGAGCAUAAACACGGCAAAAUGUUCCAGUGUCCGAUCUGUAAUAGGGAAUUUUACAUGAAGCGACUGCUGCUCGCUCAUCUCAAAACUCAGAAACACCGAAACCAUCCACUGGCGCAAAACUUGGACUGGUUGUACGAGAAGGAAUUGGACGUUAGGCAGCUGUUGAUAUCCGAUCCCAUCACCAGCAACAGCAGUGCGGCAGCUGAGGCGACGGAAAUCGCAACCGCAACGUCUAGUGUUGCAGAUGCGGGCGUUUGAAACGCUAUUCUCCUUUUUAUUGAACACAUGUUUGACUCAGUAAUCCAGUUGAGGAGCGCGGAAUUUUAGGUAAGCAUAUAAUCUCUACCAUUAUUAUUUUAGGAAUACACAGUUAUAGAGACUUUAGGGAAAAUAAUUCCUCUCAAGGAAGCGGAUCCUUUUUAAUGGACACAAACAGAAAUGUUAUUUUGCGUUAGCAAUGGUUACCGCAUAUAGAAAUAAACUUCAUAAAAAGCAAUUUAGCGAAUAA